UGAAACUCAAACUGUUAAACUUAAACCCCUCAUUUCAUUCAGUUCUUGGCUACCCAGUUUCCAUUUCUACAACUCUGCCGUUUUCUUUUCUUGCUUAUUCUUCUCAAAUCAAAGGUACCAUUUUCUCUCUCCUCCAUUUUCCUUCUUCCUUUCUAAACUCAUCUCUCAUUUCAUCAUUUCCCACCAUUUUUAUAGCUCUUCAUCAAUGGCGACUUUGAGGACAAUCGGAGGCAAAUGCAGAGCUUUAAUGGCGGCCGCAAAGGCCUCCACUGCUGCUUCCGUUGAAUCUUCAGCUACCAAGACUACUGCUGCUAAAAAAUCGAAGCCCGUUUCUGCUGCUAACGCUACUAGGGGUAUUUUGAAGCCUGUUCCUGUUUCUCCUACUCUCAGUCAAUUCAUUGGUUCUAACGAAGCUUCUAGAACUGAAGUUGUUAAGAAGAUUUGGGAUUACAUCAAGCUUCACAAUCUUCAGAAUCCUGAGAAUAAGAAGGAAAUAAUAUGUGAUGAGAAGCUGAAAGUGUUGUUUAGCGGGAAGGAUAGAGUCGGUUUCCUGGAGAUUGCAAAAUUGCUGUCUGUGCACUUUGUUAAGACCGCUUGACUGCUUGACCAUGCCUACGGAUGGAGGAAAGACAUUGAUGAAAUAUGCUAGGUUUUUAAGUUUUAGGGGGUUGAUAAUGGAGCCUGUAAUGUAGGUUUUUGUGCAUCGCUUUAGUUGUCCAGUUUGAUGUACUAGAUUGCGCUUUUAUUCCACAUUUCAAUCCAAAUGGCUUAACUUUUGAAUGAAUUGUGUAAUAUGCAAGCUUAAGCAACUUGAUCGCCUUUGGAAAUCCUCUUGAAUGUAUGCAAGUCUGGGUGUAUAUUAAAUACUACUAUGUGUUUGCUAAA